GAGGCUGGGAUGCCUGAGGGGGGGGCGCCACGGGCAGGAGGAGCACAUGUUGGCAGCAGUGCCAAGGAGCCUGCAAACUUGUUUCAAGACAAGAAUCCUCCUGUCUCUGAGGCUGCUUUCUCCGUCAGCAGAUGCGCAAAGAGCAGAUGAUCUAGGAGAUGCUGCCUGGAGCCUGGCUGCACUGGGCCUGCCUCCUGCUCCUGGCCAGGCUCGCCCAGCCCUGCCCUGUGGGGUGCGACUGCUUCGUCCAGAAGGUGUUCUGCACGGACAAGGCGCUGGCCACCAUCCCGCUGGACAUCCCGCCCCAUGUCACAGACAUGGUCUUCGUAGAGACCUCAUUCCCCAUGGUUGGAGCCAGAGCCUUCAGUGGCAGCCCUAACCUAACCAAAGUAAUAUUCCUCAACACCCAGGCCUACCACUUUGAGCCGGACGCCUUUGGUGGGCUGCCCAGGCUCCAGGACCUGGAGAUCACAGGCAGCACUUUUUCCAAUCUCAGCGCUGAGACCUUCUCCAACCUGACUUCGCUGCGCAAGUUCACUCUCAACUUCAACAUGCUGAAGGCUCUGCCCGAGGGCCUCUUCCACCACAUGGAUGCCCUGGAGUCCCUCCAGCUGCAGGGCAACCGGCUCCAGACCCUACCUGGGAGACUCUUCCAGCCUCUGAAAUGCCUGAAGACCCUCAACCUUGCUCAGAACCUCCUGGCUCAGCUACCCGAGGAGCUGUUUGAUCCCCUUGGCAGCCUGCAGGCCCUGAGGCUGAGCAACAACGCACUCUCCAGCCUGCCCCAGCACGUGUUCGCCAAACUGGGCAGCCUGCAGGAGCUCUCCCUGGAUGGCAACUCCAUCUCGGAGCUGCCUCCAGAAGUGUUCUCGCGGCUCUUCUGCCUGGAGAAGCUGUGGCUGCAACGCAAUGCCAUCAGGCACCUGCCGCUCUCCAUCUUCUCCUCCCUGGGCAACCUGACCUUCCUGAACUUACAGGGGAAUGCGCUGCAGAUGCUGCCCGCGGGCCUCUUUGCCCAUACCCCGGGCCUGGUUGGCUUGUCCCUGUCCCACAACCAGCUGGAGACUGUCUCCGAGGGAGCCUUUGCCAAAUUGUUCAACCUCAGUUCCCUUACGCUCUCACACAACGCCAUUACCCAUCUCCCGGCCAGCAUCUUCAGAGACCUAAAGGAAUUGACCAAGCUCUACCUGGGCAGCAACAAUCUGACGGCCCUGCACGCGGGCCUCUUCCAGAACCUGUCCAGGCUCGAGCUGCUCAGCCUUUCCAGGAACCUCCUGACCACGCUCCCAGAGGGCAUCUUCGACACCAACAACAACCUGUUCAACCUCGCCCUGCACGGCAACCCGUGGCAGUGUGACUGCCACCUGGCCUACCUCUUCACCUGGCUGCAUGAGUACAGCGACAGGCUCUUCAACACCCAGACCUAUUGCGCGGGUCCUGCCAAUCUGAAAGGCCAGGUGGUGCCUGCUUUGACGAAGGAGCAGCUGGUGUGCCCUGUCACCUGGGACCACUUGGAUUGGCAGGCCCCAGGGCUGGAGGACAGGGAGCCACGGAGCAGCUGGGAUCUGUCCGCAAAGGAAUGGGCAGGCCGGAAACGGUGCACCUACAGCAAUCCCGAUGGCACUGUAGUGCUUGCGUGUGAUGAGGCCCAGUGUCGCUGGCUGAAUGUCCAGCUGUCUCCUAGGCAGGACUCGGGCUCCCCAGGAAUGACGUACAAUGCCACUCAGGAGUGGGAAUUGAAGUCGAGUUGCGGCACUGUGAGGGUGGCUGUGUCUAUUGAGGCUCAGGCAAGGGAGCCCUAGGAGCAGGGUGCACAGAGCCAGGAGCUGGGGCACAUGGUUUCUGGGGUCUGGCCAGGCAGGAGGUGGGGGCAGAGGGGACAAUGAAGCUGGGUUUUCAGGUGCAAAGGAUGGAGGUUCUGUGUCUGCAGUGGAGGAAGGAGACGUGGCCAAGGGCCUCCUCCUCCUCUCCUCGUCCUUCGUUAACCCUCUCACAGUCUGAGACAUAACAUGGCCUUUCUUAAGCUUGGCAAAGCACCCAUUAAAGCUGUAUCAUGGUCUGGAGGAUAAAAUAAGACUACUCCCCUGGUGUUUGUUUUGUUGGGUUUUUUUUUAAGAUUUUAUUUAUUUAUUUUUAGAGAGGGGAAGGGAGGGAGAAAGAGAGGGAGAGAAACAUCAAUGUGCAGUUGCCUCUCAUGCCCCCUACUGGGGACCUGGCCCGCAACCCAGGCAUGUGCCCUGAUUGGGAAUCAAACCAGUGACCCUUUAGUUCACAGGUCGGCACUCAGCCCACUGAGCCACACCAGCCAGUGUGACCCUGGUGUUUUUCUGUAAUUUAAUUCCCACCCCACUCUCAUCCCCACCCUGAAGUUCCAACGCUUAGGUGCUAUUUUACAAAAUGGAGGCUACCCUUUUUAACACCCAGUUCAAAGGCCAAUGUCUCUUUCUAAGUCUCCCCAUGGAAGUUUGUUUUUAAUGGAUAUAGGUGGUGAUAGAAGCAGAGAUGCCCAGAAUGAUUAGGGACAAUGGUCUGACUUUGGUGUGUUGGGAACUCACGGCAUGAGCUUCUCCUCUAGGGCUGCUUCCGGAACUCAAGAAGAAAGACACCGUCCUGGCCGGUGUGACUCAGUUGCUUGGAGCAUCGUCUCACAAACCGAAAGGUGGCUGUUUCAAUUCCUAGUCACGGCACAUACCAUGUUGCAAGUUCGAUCCCCGGUUAUGGCAUGUAUGAGAAGACAACCAAUGGAUUUUUCUCUCUCAUGUUGAUGUUUCUCUCACUCUUCCUCUAAAAGCAAUGGGGGGAAAAAUUCUCAGGCAAGGAUUAAAAAAAAGAAAAAAGAAAGUUUCCUUGGGAAGGUCAAUACCACUUAGUUGGCUUUCAUUACACAAAGCUCCCAGAAGGGGCUCUGUGGCUGUGUCUGUUCAGCAGACAAGAUGGCUGUUCCCUAUGUUGAAAGAAAAGCGCUGAGAAAGGAGGGGAGGACAGUGCGCUGGGUGGCCUGGGGCAGACGUGCUUCAGUCUUAGCUUCCUCAGCAUGUGACUCUGCAGCGGUCAGUCACAGCAAUUCCUUCCCCUUGGUUUUCAGGACACCACCCUCUUACUCAGCCUCAGCUGUUCUUUCAGGCUUCCCCAGCCACCUAUCUCUUCCACGUCUGCCUCCUCAGGGUGCACUGUCAUUGGCCUUCUUGGGCAAUCGCAUGCAUGCCCCUGGCAUCGGAUGCCACUUUGAUGCUGAUGACCCCAAAUCUCCAUCUCAGGCUCAGGUCUUUUUGGCCCCUGUCCAGAGAUAUCCACCUGCUCAGCAGCCCUGGGUUCUGUCAUCACAGCCACAAACACGUCACGACCAAACUCUGUUUCCUGCUCCUCCUGGAGGCCCAUCCAGCAAAUACCAAGCCCAGGAGUGGGGAAUGUUCUCCAGUCUCUCCUCCCCUUAACCCUCAUGGCCAACUAAUCAAAAAUUGCCUCUGAGUAUCCCUCCUUCCACGUCCCUGUUCCAAUUCACAGCUCAAGGAGGAGGUGCUUUGUCUCCCGGCACUGAGUCAACUUGCAGCCUCCUACCUGGUUUUCCUGCCUGCAGAGUGGGCUGGCCUGGGUGAAAUGCUGGGGUGGGAGAAGAAGAAAUGAAUCAAAUGUAUAGCAGGCCCUCCAGGAGCCUGAGCUCCGGAGGGGGGUAUCAGACGAGGGCACGUGGGACAAAAACACAAGCUUAACGUGUUCAGUGCUGGGCAAGCCCUGAGGAGUUCAGGGGAGGUGGAGGCCGGGGCGAGCACAGGCCUUCGGGGAGGCUGCAUUUGAUCCCAGGCCUUGAGGGGUCACAAGCAGAGCAAGGCGGGCAGUGAAGCUAUGUGCAAGAAGAGCCAAGGGAUGGAGACAGGUGAGCGGUGCGGUCAGGGCUGUGGGCGUCCGGAGCAGGCUACUGCUGGGAGAGGGAGGAGGAGAGAGGGUUGGAAAGCCAGCUGGAGCCAAAUUCUCUAAGGCCUUGGAGAUCCAGGUGAGACGCUCGUGUAUUUAUGAAGGAUGCCCGUCAGUGAUGGAAGGACUUUAUGCAGAGCAGGUCCACACUCCUGCCCGUGCUUUAGACGGCUGGCUGAGUGCAGUCUGAGGACAGCAAGAGGCAGGGAAAACGACGAGGACUGUCCUGUGACCUGAGGUCAGAGCCACAGGGCCAGGGACACUAAGGAAAUGGAAUGAAAGGUUUCAGUGCUGGAGUAGCACAUAUACAGAAGGAUUAAAAAGCCUAAAUGUGAACUACUGAGAUGUGAAUUCAAAUGGCAUAGGUGCCACUUUGCACCGACGAAUCCUACAAAAAUGAGAAGGCUGGAUCAUGUCCAGCCUGGGGCAGGCUGUGGGCACGGGGGGCCCUCCGGGUGCUGCAGGUGGGCACGGUCUCUCCAAGGACACUGGUUUCUUGCCUGGGUGGCAGGGAGGACAGUGAAGCCAGUAACCAAAGGCAGGAGCAGGUUUGAGGAAAGGAAGGAGCAAGAUGCCAGCUUCAAAGAAAGUAUACUUCACCAUCUCAGGUGACGAUGAGCUCUUUAAAAAAACAUGCUGCCUAAGGCUCACAUCAAUUCAAUUCUAAGUUUAGCAGGUUUGCCAAAGGAACAGACGCUCUCUCUGAUUCAUUUGGUUCAAUUCCCAAAAGCAUUUGGUUUAAGAAUAACUUUGACCAGAUCCUUCCAAGGUUGGGGAACUUGGCCUCCCUGGGAUGGCCGAGGCCCUGAGCGGCAGAGGGUUCUGUAACUGGCCCCCAGCCUGUGCUCGCUCUCUCUGGCCAGGCAACACAGGCUGCAUUAGGCUGCUGGCCUCCAGCUGCGUGUGAGGCCCGCUGUCUGCAGGAAGGGGCUCCACACCCAGCACACAGAGGCGCUUCACAGAUCUCUAGCUCAUGGUCCAGAUAGUUACGUGUCCACUGCCAGGGAUAAAUGAAUAAGAUGAUUGAGCAACAUUUCUGUUCAUUAUAUUUCCCCCCAAGUAUAACUCUUUAUUAAGUGAAAAUACAAUAAUUUGUCUCCGUGCCAAAUGGUGCUGGGGAAGGAGCACUGGCCAACAGCCAGGGCUUGUGUCGCCCGGGCUAGGCAAGGCCAGGGUCACAGUGCUCUUUUGGAGAGCUUUGCCGGAUUUAAUAUAGAAACGUAUGUCUAUUGCAUGGGACAUACAUAUACUAAAAUCUAUUCAUAGUUUAUCUGAAAUCCAAAUUUAACUGGGCAGCCGGUAUUUUAUCUGGUGACUCAAAGACCUGAUGAAGGUAGAGAAACACGAUGAGGUGGAGGUGAGGGUGUUGGAUGGUCCUCCUCAGGGCUCGGGGGAUGGGAGCCCUGACCACUCAGCGGGGCAUUGCGAUCUUAAGGUUGGAGCUGACAGGAAGCAGGAGGCACUGAGCACCCCCUGGCAGGUGGGGCUCCUUGCCCAUUGCCUUGAAUGUCCCAGUGUUCUUCAGGGAUUGUCUGCCGCUUGCCAGCAAGGUACCAUUGGCCCAGUUACUCAAGUUCUCUGUGCUGCAGUUGCCUCUUUCAUACUGUUUAUCGUGGGUGUAAUAGUACCCAGCUCACAAUCUUACUGAUGAAGAGAAAAUAUGCGCAUUCUUGUAAAGAACUCAAAACAAAGACAAUGGUACAUUCUUAAAAAAUAAAUGUUAUGAUCUCACCUAUAAGUAGGACCUAGUGAACAAAACAAACAAGCAAGGAAACUAUGGUUUCCAGCAACUUUGAAAGAAAAAAAGAAACCGACAGUAACAAGAGGGAAGGAGGGUAACAGGGAAAAGAAGGGGAAGGGUCAAAUCAAGGAACAUGCAUAAAGCACCCAUGGACAAAGCCAAGGUGG